UACUUGGCUUGGGUAUGCAUGCACGCAGUGAAGAGAUUGUCAAAUACUACAGGACAGGGCGUUUCUACUCUGUGUUUAAAAUAUUGCAGUUAAACUACUUUGAAAUAACACCAUUCCAGCAUCUGCAGUCUCUUUCGUCAAGUAUUUAAAAUUUAUGCCGAAAUCGGAAUUCCAAAGGUUUGACCUAGUGGCUGUCUGACCUAUACUGGGUGAACUGUUCAACGCAGGAAACUCUCCUCUGCCCUAUUCAAGAAACCGCUUAAAAGUCGUUUUAGCAAGGAAAUAAAGAUGAUUGGUUCUGCCUCCUGCAUUUACAGUGUACUUGUUUUGGCCACCAUCUCUUUCUUAAUUCGAGCUGACACACAUGUUCUCAGAGGGAAUGAAGUAUCCUAUGGAAGAAUAGGAACAGAUAUUAACUUGAUCUGCAAUGCUGCAAAUGACAGGCGUGUUCAUUGGAAAGUUAAUGGGACCCUCAUGGCCAAAACAAACGAUACCCAAGUACAGAAUGGAAACCUUGUGUUGUUGAUGGCAGGCUUGUCCCUGGAAGGAAACUAUAGCUGUCAUGAUGACACUGGAGAAAUGUUGCAAUGGACUGUGUUAAAACUUGGAUAUCCUCCAAGUAAGCCUUUGGUGGACUGCAAGGCAUUCAAUUUUUAUAGAAUUUAUUGUUCUUGGAUAAAGAGUCAUCAGGAGUCCUUUCCCAGCAGAUACAUUGCAACCUACAGGGAUCCAAGCAAAAAAUUUUGGAAUUGCACUACACAUUCACCUGAUAAAGUGUGUCAAAUCGACAAUCCUCAAAUAUAUUCGCAACUGCCUUAUGUAAUGAAUGUAACAGCUGUCAAUCCAGUUGGCCACAGGACUACACUCUUGGAAUUUGUACCACUGGACAUUGUUCAGCCUGAUCCACCUUCAAAUUUAAAAGCUGACCCUGUUUUUGGAUCUCCCAGAAGAAUAAAAGUUCGGUGGAGUUAUCCUUCAACGUGGAGUCCACGUUUUAACUUAAAGUUUAUCCUGGAGUACAAACUUCAGCAAAACAAUUUCUGGUUUCGGCUCGAGACGUUCAAGGAAGAGGUGACUAUUACUGAUGCCAUUGGUGCGCAACUGUAUUUGAUUCGUGUUAAAGCAAAAGAUUCCUUUGAUUAUGGGAAGUGGAGUGAAUGGAGUUCAGAAGUACCGGUCACUGCAUGGAGCGAAACAACUUCAGAAUCUAUCCAAACUACUGUUGCCACAUUAACAGUGGACUAUGUGGAUAUUCCUGGUCAACAAACAGAGUCUCCCUCUGCUCCAACUUCAAUAUUUCCAAGCUCUGAAGUGCUGGAUACGGAUAUUAUCAUAUUGAUCUCAAUCGCCAUCGUGAUUGGACUAUUCUCAAUGACGGCUGCAUUUGUGCUCUGGGUCAGAAAGAAAAAGCAAGAACCACAUAAGGCUGAAAUUCUAAUGAAGAAGGCAUUAACUUAUUGUUAAUGCUUGGCUCCAUCUUCAUCUGAGAUGUACAGCAAUUAAUCUGACAGGGAUUCCUGACACAAUAUUCUAUGAAGAAUUUUCAGCUAAUAAAAAGCACAAAUAAUAACAACCAGGACAUUGGCUUCUAAACGGAAUAAAAUGCCCAGAUGUUUCAAACUAGUUCCGUAGAACUGGUUGAUCUUCCCGUCAACAUGUGCCAAUGCAAAGUCCUCAUUGUUUAAGUGGGAUGGAAGCUGAUUUGUUUUAAUUGUGGUUGAUGAAUUUCCUUGAUAUUGUCCGUCAAUAUUCAGUUUGUGUUUUCCAACGUUUGCAAGCCAUGGUAGGCUAAUGUCACAACUCGCUUGAUGCAGUUUGGUUUCUGCCAUUAAGUUUGGUCUUUGAAGAGCUGAGUUUGUAUCUGAAGAGCUUGGCCUGCUCGACUUCAACCAAAAUGACAAUAUCCAAAGGACAGCUUUUGGGAAGAAUGUGACCUGUCUUUGGGUCUGCGUCAGCUGCUGUGAAGUAACUUGCAGAUACAGAAGAUGGAACCACUUUUCCAAUUUUAACUGCCUCAGUUACAUGCAACCACAAGAUAAUUUACAAGAUUAUACAACAGCAAGCUGAAGCAAAGUGCUGAGGACAUGGUGAUUAUUACAUGUAAAUAUCUGAGCCUAUUUUGGUCUUUGCUUAUUUUAAAGCACUUGACCAUUCAAGUAUGGAAUCUCAUUUGCAAAUUAUUUUCUGUAGACCUUUUAGUACAAGUGAUUGUGACUGGGGGGGGGAAGCGUUAUCUUAACUUUAAAAUGCAGGUGUUCGUGGAAGGGAGAGCACUUUGUGCUGAUUAUUCUUUUCAUGUGUUGUAGCUUUAUUCUGUAAAGCACAAACCAGACAAAAAAUAAUUGUCCCCUUACAGAGCAGGAGGACAAUUACUAUUAAUUUUUUUUUGCACAAGUUGUGCUAGAAAUCAAACACUUUUUAGGUAAAAGGCACUAAUGUUAUGAGGAUAGCUUUUGAUUCUAAUGGUGAGCUUUCUUUGUUCACUAUUAAAAUGUUUCACUUGCUUGCGGUUGCCUCCAUUCAGUAAGAAAAACGAUGCUUAUUAAGAAAUGGUUUAAGUAUUUACAAAUGAAGACAUUUCCAGGUAGGUUUGGGUUCUGUCCAAGUUGAAACUUCUACCCCUCCCACACAGACACAUACACCAUAUUAAUACUAUAGAAAGUUCAAGAAGCAAUUUCUUGAAAAAAAGUUUUUUCUAUAAUGUUAAUAUAUUAAACUCUGCAGUAUCAUGCAAGUUAGAAUGCAGAAUGAAAAUGUGAAUUUAAUAAUUGGCUAGAGCACCAUUGAUAUUUAAAUCUGCCAAAGCAAAUAUUAUUUAAUGAGCAAAAUGCUAUCUGGGGAAAAAUGCGUUUAGAAAUCCAAAGUUGAUCCUUCUCUAAAAUUACUAUUAUUCCCAAAUAUGAAGUAUUUCAUAUUUUUUAUGCCUGACUUCCUGUUGACUUAAAAGCUUUACAGUAUUCUGAGGUAAUUUAUCCUUUUUGAUUCUAGACCUAGAAAUUUCUACUGAAGGUUUUGGAGACUUUGAAGUUGGUGCAAUUUUGGCUUUUAUUUUUAUUUCUAUUUUUAAUUUUUGUGAAAUUGAGUCAAUCUAUAACUUCCAUUUAUGGAGAAUCUUUGUUGUAGCAAACUGCAUAAUAGGGGCAUAAUCAAACAAAACUGGCUGCAUGCCACAAUUUAGUGGUGUAUUCAAAACAGUUGUCUGAAAGGUGGAUUUUGAGGAGUGUUGCAGGCAGGAAAGGAAAUGGUGGAAAUUUAAGGGCUUAGGGUCUUGGCAGCUGGUGCUAUUGACUGUAAUUGGUGGAGAGAUUGUUUGAUGAUCUUAGGUUUGUUGGGACGUAGAGCAAGGGAAGCCAGGUGGACGUGGGAAAAGCAUUGGAACAGUGGUUUCAGUCUUCCCAGUAUUAGGAAGAACUUCUGAAUCAGAAUCAGGUUUAUUGUUACUGACUUAAGUUGUGCUGUUUGUUUCGUCACAGCAGCAUGACAAAUUAUAAUGAGUUGUAUAAAAAGAGUACAGAGGAGGAAUAGUGGGGUAGUGUUCACUGACUGUUCAUAUAUCUGAUGGCAGAGGGGAAGGAGCUGCAAAUCGUUCUGAUCCAACAUGCUGAGAGUAAUUUAGUCUGAGAAUUUGGAGGUAGUGAAUUGGCCAAGUGUUGCAGUGUUUUCAGAGGUUCUCUGCGUCGUCUGUCAAUCAGGUGAAAUUGAGGGCGAAGCAGUUGAGCGUUUGUUGCGGGGAGAAACUACACUGUCUAAGUGUUGCCUAACAUUUAUGCACAGUAGUGCAACAGCUUGCAUAACGCGUCAGGUUACAGCGCCAGAUCAGAUUUCAAUUGCUGCCGGUGUCUGUAUGGAGUUGUACGUUCUCCCCGUGAUCACGUGGAUUUCCAGAUGCUCCAUUUCCCUCCCGUAUUCCAUUAGGGCCAAUGAGUUGUGGGCAUGCUGUGUUGGUACUGGAAGUAUGGCCCCAGCACAAUCCUCGCGGAUUUGAUUUGAAUCGAGCGACACAUUUCACUUUCUGUUUCAGUGUACAUGUGACAAAUAAAGCUAAUCUUAACUGUGAAGGAACUGGUGUCUUGUGGAUGGGUGAAUACGGUUUCACUUGGUCAAAAUCUGUCAACUGUUGGGUUUGUAGAUUUGAUUGAAUUAACUGUAAAAGAAGCCUUUCUGAAACUUGAGUUAGUCAUAAGACCAUAAGACAAAGGAACAGAACUAAGCUAUUUGGCCCAUCGAGUCUGCUCGCCCAUUCCAUAAUGGCUGAUUUUUUUUCCCUCUUGACACCAUUCUCCUGCCUUCUCCUUGUAACCACGCUUUUUCAUUCAGUUUGCCUCUGCCAGAAGGAAGCCAUGAGAGAGGUGAUGUUUGAAACAAAGUGUUAGCAUCAAGGACAAAAUUGCUAAGCAAAGCUGCUAAAAUCUUUAUACUGCAUAAAGGUAUUAAUUGUCAGUCAUUUUGAACGGAGAAUGGGCUACUUGUGCAAUUGUUCUGUGACUAAUGUUUUGGAAGGGUUAGCCUUUGUGUUUAUCUGUAAUCUUAGAUGACAUCAUUGAGAAAAAGUUAGUGUUGAUCAGUUAUUUGAUUUUUAAAAAAUAGCUGAAGUCCAGGUUAAGUUAACUGCCUUUGAAGAUGGGAAAACUAAAAUGAUGAUGAUUUGAAGAAUUACUUGACACAGCUUGAUUUUUUACAUGAUAGUGUAGUUGUGGCAUUUGAUGGAAUUAGUGCUGGAUGUCAUUAAUAAUGCUGUAGACUUUUUGAAAAGCAUUGUAUUGUGAUUAAUCAGCAAUAUAAUUAAGUAGUGGCCUCUGCUAAUGGCAUAUUUGGAGUACAGUAGCUUGUUGUUGCAUAACCAGAAGAUUUGGGGGCUUUAGAAAGAGUGGAGAGGAGGUUCACCAGCAUGUUGCCUGGUUUAGAGGUUAUUAGCUAGAAGGAGUGAUUGGGCAAACUUGUGUUUGGUUUCUCUGCCGCAUCAGGGGUUGAGUAGCCAACAGACAGAGGCACAGACAGGGUAGGCAAGGGGCGUUCUACCCUAAAGUAGAAAUGUCAGAUACAGGACAACAUAGGUUUAUAGUGAGAAAGAAAAGGUAGAUUUUUUUUUACAGAGUAAAGUAAAAGUAAAUUUGUUAUCAAAAUAGGUAUAUGUCACCUUAUAGAACGCUGGCAUUCAUUUUCUUGUGGUUAUUCACAGUAGAAUAAAGAAAUACAAUAGAAUCAAUUAAAAACUACACACAAAGACUGACAAUGUGCAAAAGAAGAUAAAAUGUGCAAAUAAUACUGAGAGCAUGAGUUUGGGUUAGACUAGAAAUGAGAGCAGGAAUAGGCCAUCUGACCUCUCGAGCCUAAACCUGACUACAGCUGGAGGUCAUGGGUUGAGGGUGAAAGUUUAAGGGAAGAGGAGAGACCUUCCGGAUGAAGAGAGACCUUCACUGACAGGAUUGUGAGAGUGUGGAACGAGCAUGCAAACACGAUUUCAAUGUUUAUAGAAAGUUUGGAUAGUUACAUGGUAGGUCUGCGGAGGGCUAUGUUCCUGGUGCAGGUCGAUGGGAGUAGGCAGUUUAAAUGUUUCGGCACGGACUAGAUGGGCCAAAGAGCGUGUUUCUGUGCUGUACUUUUCUAUGACUGACUUGUAGAGUCCUUGAAAUUGAGUCCAUGGGUUGUGGAAUCGGUCCAGUGGUGAGUUGAGUGAAGUGAUCUAUGGUGGUUUAGGAGCAUGUGAUUCACCACCAGCAGAAGUGGUGCAAACAGUCAUGGUAACGUUUAAGGUUCAUUUGAAUAGGCACGUAAACAGGUAGGGAAUGGAGGGAGGUCGAGCAAGUACAUUUUAGGUGGACAUCAUGGGCUGCAAAGUGCAGGACCAGAAGCAGCAUUUUGCAACUUGUUUGAGUCAGUUGCCAGUAUUCUGGUAAGUGUAGAUUAAUAUCUUCUUCCUUUGGCUCUGCUUAGCUUUCUAAAUUCGGAUGCAAGUCCUGAAACAUGAAAGGGCUGUUGUAAUUAUCGCUCAGCUGCAGGGCAGCCCAAAUCAGAUUCUCUUCAUGCUUCAAUGCAGUUUGCUUUUGGUGUUCUCUGAUAGUGCUUCUCUCCAACCUUGUUUCAUAAUUAUCACCAGGAAUAUACUUUGCACUUUUAACCAUAAGACUGCUCUUGCUAUCAAAUAUUAUAUAGAAAUGCUGCAGUAUAUUGAAAUGCUUGAUAUAAUAAACUAUGUUGUGAAUCUUGUAUACUUCACAAAAUAACUUGUUCAAUGACAUAAAAUAUAUUUUUUUAAAACACCUAAGAAUAAAAUAGCUUCAAAUAUAUGCAAGACCCUCUACCUAAUUUUCAGUAAGGAUUGAUAGUUUUUAAUCAUCUAUAGACAAUUAUAAACCUCCCCUGUCUGAGCCAGGAUCUUGUAUCUGGAUUGUAUCCAAUAUUUCAGAGUUCAGUCAUUGCCUUAGUUUCUAAAACGUAAGAUACCGUGAUGCCUGAUUUUUAUCGUGUCUGGGAUAAAGAAACCUGUUAGAAUAUCCUUGAGUGCUAAAAACUAGUUAUUAUAAAAUUACCAUGAAACUUGAGUAAAACAUUUUAAUGCCAUUUGAAAGGCAAUCGCAGCAAUUUACAUCACUUCACCUCCCCUCCCCUCCCCACUCCCAAAGCUACCAUUUUACUGUUUUUGCUAGCACCCUAGUCCCAGCUCACUGAUUUCACUGGUCCAUCUUGUUACAACAAGGGAAAUGGUAUCCCUGGUAACUGUAUCGGCCAUAUGUUUACCUUCCUAAUCUGUUUAUCCCCAAUGCCAGAUUAGACAUGGUUCAGGAAAUGUUCUGGACAUUUGGCAAUGUGUUCUUUAAUCUUAGUAACCUAAACUAGGUAUUCUUCAAUCAGGAUCUCUUGCCCACUGCUAACUACAUUGUUGACUGCAACAUGAAGUACAGGAACUCUGUCCUCUCCCUCAUGAGUGUUUUAUGCCUUUAUGCCAAUAUUAGCAUUGAUUUAGAGAAGACUAGAAUAUAAAAGUAAGGAUGUAAUGCUAUGACUUUAUAAGACAUUGGUCAAGACCGCAUUUGGAGUACUGUGAGCAGCUUUGGGCCCCUUAGAAAGGAUGUGCUGGCAUUGGUGAGGGCGUGGAGGAGGUUCAGGAAAAUGCUCCAAGAAGUGAAAGGGUUAAUAUGUGAGGAACAUUUUGUAGCUCUGGGCCUGUACUUGCUAGAAUUUAGAAGACCGAUGGGGGGGAGCUCAUUGAUACCCUACCGAAUAUUGAAAGGCCUAGAUAGAGUGGAUGUGGAGAGAACGUUUCUAUUAAGUGAGGGAAUCUAGGACCAAAGAUAACAGCCUCAGAAUACAAAGGUGUCUCUUUAGAACAGAGAUGAGGAGAAAUUUCUUCAGCCAGAUGGUGGUGAAUCUGUAGAAUUCAUUGCCACAACUGUUGAUACAGAAAGGCAGUGCCUCAGGCAAGAAUAUACAGAUGUAAAUAUUUAGGGAUGGACUUUCCCCUGAAACUGAUCACCCAAAAUAGUUGUAGUUUGCACAUAAGAUUAUGAAGCUUUCAGUGGAAAUCCACUUUCCAUGAUCUUUUGUGCUGCAUUAAAAAAAUACAUGUAGAUAGAUCCACCCAAAAAAUACUGGACGUGUUCCCAGGUUGAACAAAUAUUGCUUGGGAGUUUCCACUUAUUUCACAGGCCUUUUUGAGGAGGCUUAAAAAAACUCAGUUGGCUCCUCUGCACCCAAGGGUACUGAUAAGGAUAUUUCAAACGGUUUAGACUUACUUGCGUGUGAACCUGAUUUCCUGUUUCCUAACUAAUUGCACAUUUUGGUUUCUCACAAUCUGCAGUUGUUACCGCAGGUCAUGGGCUGACACUGAUUUUGUGGCACAUCUUUAAGCUAGUGUAAUCGAAAGCUACCGUACCAAUUUUUUUUAAACUUUAGAAAAUGUAUUAAAAUGUAGUCUAACUAUACUGACUUUGGGAAGAUUUUGCAUGUGGGGAUAUACAAGAAAAAUCUGUGGGAAAACGUGAGCACUUUUCAAAAUGAGAUUGUGAAACACUUUAUUGAAAAAAGAGGUUGCUGAAGUUGGAUACGUUUUAAAAGUCUGCAAGCCUUUUCGUUUCCUUUAUUUGUUUUAUGCAAUGCCAGCUGAGAAAAGGGAAGGAAAUGCAGCAACUCGGAGAAAUUUUCAUCUGAUGCCCUGUGUUGAGGCUUUUUGACUUUGCUUAUGAUGAAUUUGUGAAUGAGUUUUUAAAAAUAUCAUGUAUGUGUCAAGGAAAGCUUUGGCAGUAUCUGGUAGAAGAGGGUGGCAUUUUAAACACUGAAAAAUGUUGAUGUGUUUUCAUGAUAUUCUGGUGGAGAAUUAAUAAUUCCUGUUUGAACUUAAUGCUGAAUGAACUUAAUGCAAAUCGAUUGUACAGGUCACUAAAUUACAGGUAGCCACACAAUUGUGGAGGCGGGCCACUAAGUUACAAGGAUUGGGCUCCAUGGUGGCGUGAGUGGUUAGCGAGACACUAUUACAGCUUGGGGCUUUGGAGUAAGGAGUUCAAUUCUGGUGCCAUCUGUAAAGAGUUUGUGUGCACCCCUCCCCCUGCACCUGGUGGAAUACCUGAGUGUUCUCUGGGUCCUCCAGUUUCUUCCCACAGUCCAAACGUGAACUGGGUAGGUUAGUUUGUCCCGUGAUUAGGUUAGGGUUAAAUCGGGGUUGUGCGGUUUGCUGGGUGAAGUGGCUAGAAGGACCAGAUGGGCCUAUUCCACACUGUAUCCCUAAGUAAGUGAAAUAAAAUUGCAAGGAGAGGCUACUCAUGUAUGUUGAGCAUGUAGACUUGUCUGCUGAAGCAUCUGGCUUUAAUCCUCCAAACAGGAUAAAUUUUGUGAACUGAUAUUGAUGAAAGAUGUUCAGGUUCCUCCAUGGAUAUCAUUUACUCAAAAGCAGCACAUGGAACUUGUUUAGUGUGGACAAUACUGUAUAUACAACUUCAGUAACUACCAACUGAACUAACUUUUGGAUAAAUCAUUAUUUUUGAUAAGCAAUUAUCUUAUAUCUGCAAGGAUAAAUCUAGCUAAAUGAUAAUCUAGUAUUGGGCAGCUGAACCAUUUGAGAAAUUGGUACUUCACGUUCUCUGCAAUAAAUUUAAUUUGGAAUUUUCCAAAUUAUUUUGUGAAUAGAGAAAAUAUUUUAUUCUAAUAUCAGUGAAUGGAAGUAGAAUUUGACUUCAUUCAGAAACUUUUUUAGUUUUCUUCAGUUUUCUUUAAUUGAUUUGUGCAAAAAGUGAACGAACUUGCAGCAUCAAUCUGAUGGUGAGUUCUGGAAGUUGUGCCUUCUCUUGUGAAAGAGAAUAACUGGCAGAAAGUCAUUAAAUCACCCAUUCAGCCAUAUAGACUUGCGCAUCAGCUUUUUAAAUUACCUUCUCUGUUUUAUCUGUUGCACUUUUAAUAAGCUAUUUUCUGUUAGUAAAGGAAGUCUAUUUUUAAAACAUUAAAUGUGAAUUUCAAUAAAAAAGCAAUGUGUCAACAUGUCAACUUUAGCAUCUGUUUUGUGGUAAAGCUUCUUACAAAAUUUUCAUUAUAGAAAAUUUGACUGGUUUAAUUGCUUUGCAAUUUUUAUAAUGCCAGAAUGUACCUUGUUUAUGGAGUAUGCUACUUUUAGUCACAAUGUAGUUUGAAUUUUCUUCUAUCCACUAGUCUUUACAAAAUAAAAAAUGUUAUGACAUUCUG